CCGGGGCGGAGUGCGUGCGCUGGCCGGCCCGGCUUUGGGCUGCGCGGGAGGCGGGAUCGGGUCCGGCGGACGGAGGGUGCGAGCCCUGCGGCCACCAUGAGUGGUUCACAGAAUAAUGACACUAAAAGACAGUUUCUUCUAGAGCGGCUACUGGAUGCAGUUAAACAGUGUCAAAUACGGUUUGGAGGAAGAAAAGAAAUUGCUUCAGACUCUGAUAGCAGAGUCACUUGUUUGUGUGCUCAGUUUGAAGCUGUGUUACAGCAUGGUCUGAGGAGGAGCCGAGGAUUAGCAUUAACAGCAGCAGCAAUCAAACAGGCAGCGGGUUUCUCCAGUAAAACUGAAACAGAGCCAGUGUUUUGGUACUAUGUGAAAGAAGUUCUGAAUAAACAUGAACUGCAGCGCUUUUACUCUCUGAAGACAAUUACUACAGAUAUUGGUAGAGGCCGGGCUUGGUUGCGCUGUGCACUAAAUGAACAUUCCCUGGAAAGAUAUGUUCAUAUGCUGCUUGCAGAUAAGAAUCGACUCAGUGUCUUCUAUGAAGACUGGUCUUUUAUGAUGGAUGAAGAACGUUCUAGUAUGAUCCCUACGAUGGCAGCUGGUCUGAACUCCAUUCUUUUUGCAAUCAACAUUGAUAAUAAGGAUUUAAAUGGGCAGAGCAAGUGCACACCAACUGUGUCUGAUUUGUUAAAGGAAUCAACGCAAAAUGUAACCUCAUUAUUGAAAGAAUCCACUCAUGGUGUUAGCAGCCUCCUUAGAGAGAUAACUGCAUCAUCUGCUGUCUCGAUUCUAAUGAAACCUGAUCAAGACACUGACCCACCUCCUGUUCUCUCAAAGAAUGUAAAUGCUGAUUUGAAAUAUAAAAAAGAUCGAAAAAAGAAGAAGAGAGUGACAAAUAUUAUCUCGUUUGAUGAAGAGGAAGAUGAGCAAAAUUUGGGGGAUGCCACGAAGACUCUGAUUACAGGAGAAAGUUCAGAGGAGAGUAUAGACAGAUCUUCAGUUUUUGUAUUACCCUCAUCUGAAAGCACUCUUGGAAGAAAUUUGAAUGGGAAUGAAAGUAACCAUUCGUGGAAGAGCAAUUCAGUAUUCAUGAAUGGAGAGUAUGAAUACCGGAAACUAGAUGUGAAGAGCAUUGAUGAUGAAGAUGCAGAAGAGGAUGAGCUAUAUGGAAAAACAUUAGGAAAUAAAGGCACAGAAGGUGAAACUGAAGUUCCUGAAAAGCCUCAUGAAAUAGGCUCAUGCAAUUCUCAGAUAUGCAGUUGGACUCCUCUGCAGGUCCUGAAUGAUGACUCAGAUGUUCUAUUUCCUGUCAGUGCUGUUGGCUCUUACUCCCAAACAGAUAACUUGGAGAAUGGGGAGGGGCAUGAACAGGUUAUUCAUGCGGUAGAACUGGUUCCAAGAAGAUCUGAUCUUCCUUACAGAGUGGAAGUCAGUCCUCCAGCUCAAGUGAAUACUUUAAGCAGUAUGUUGCCUUCAGCCACUGUGCCAGAAUCCAUGACAAUUAAUGAGCUUCGUCAAGCUAUCGUGGCCAUGAUGAACAGAAAGGAUGAACUGGAAGAACAGAACAGAUCUCUCAGAAAUCUGCUUGAUGGAGAGAUGGAGCAUUCUGCAGUGCUAAGGCAGGAAGUGGACAACUGGAGAAGGAAAGUAGCAGAACAGGAAGAGCGACAUGCCACAAAAGUUCAAGCCUUGGCACGAGAAAAUGAGGUGCUGAAAGUGCAGCUUAAGAAGUAUGUAGGAGCUGUCCAGAUGCUCAGAAGAGAAGGUCAAACAGUGGAAGUUCUGCCAAACAUUUGGAGCACUGAUGGUGAAUUUACUAUUCCAGAGCAAAAGCAAGUAGAAAACAACGAGGAACUAGCCAGCUCCUACGAAAGAAAAUUGAUUGAGGUAGCUGAAAUGCAUGGGGAACUGAUUGAAUUCAAUGAGAGGCUGCACCGUGCUCUGAUGGCUAAAGAAGCUCUUGUGUCCCAAAUGAGACAAGAACUAAUUGAUUUGAGAGGGCCGGUCCCUGGAGAUUUGAGUCAAACAUCUGAAGAUCAGAGUUUGUCAGAUUUUGAAAUAUCAAAUCGUGCUCUUAUUAAUGUUUGGAUUCCCUCAGUCUUUCUGCGUGGAAAAGCUGCUAAUGCAUUCCAUGUUUAUCAGGUCUAUAUUAGGAUAAAGGAUGAUGAAUGGAAUGUUUAUCGAAGAUAUGCAGAGUUCAGAAGCUUGCAUCAUAAAUUACAGAAUAAAUACCAGCAAGUGAGGACUUUUAACUUUCCACCGAAAAAGGCCAUUGGGAACAAGGAUGCAAAGUUUGUAGAAGAGCGACGCAAGCAGCUACAAAAUUACCUAAGAAACGUAAUGAACAAAAUUAUUCAAACUGUGCCAGAAUUCACAGCCAAUCCCAAAAAAGAGACUCUUAUUCAGCUGAUGCCCUUUUUUGUGCCACAGCUACAUGUUACAACAGUUUCUAGAUAACUUAAUUAUAUGUUCUGCUGAGCUGCAGAGCUGGACAUUUGUUCUCUUGUGGUAGUUGCUCAAACAUACACUUUAAAGAAAGCAGAGAAUCUGCUCAGUAAAUCAUCAGAAAAAAGGCUAGAGCAGAUUCUGAGAAACUGUUGUCUGCAGGAUGUGUUUGAACACCAGAGGAGUCAUCAGUUCUCCAUGAUGAUAAGAGGAUUGUAAUGUUCAAAAAAUAUGUUGUCUUCAUUUCACUGGAUGACAUUACUGGCAACGUAUUUGAUAGCAAAAGUUGUGUUUUUCAGGUGUUUUGUGUCAGUUGUCUUUGAGUCACCAAGUAAAAUUGCAGUAAAAAAUUCACUGUUUCUACCUCUCUCUCUCUCUCUCUCUUUUUGUAAAUGCUUCCUCCCUCCUGGGAGGUAAAGUUAUAAGAAGCCUGGUAGAGAGAUGCAGGUACCAACUGACAGGCAAAUCUCAGUAACAACCAAUCAGCCACUCAAAAAAAAAUGUUGCACUGGAAAUAUUCCUUUAAGAUUUAUUUAGCACUAAACAGUAUGUAAAGCCAAGUAUCUGGUUUUGGUCUUGCAGACCACAAAGUUAAAUAAUGUGGAAGAAUAGGUGUUUGUUCUUAGUGGGUUGAAGAAUUUUGGUUUGGUUUGGAUUUUGGGGUUUUUCUUUUCACCUCUAUUUCAGUUGCAAUUGUCAGUGUGUCACUGAGAACAUUUAAAUGUGUAUAUUAAAGGUAUGAGAGGUAAAAAGAAUGUUAACUUCUAUAGAAUACCAUUGCUAGUAUUAAAAUGUUGCUUUCAAGCAUAAAUGAAAUAAAUCUUUUAAGAAAAUUACUGUGAGGUUCCUAUGGAUGUUGUCUCUCUGAAUUAAUUUUAAAGAAAUUGAAAAUUGACCCUUUCAAAGUUACUUUCAAAAUAUUUUAGAGGGAUAAAAACAUUUGCUCAGACUUAGACUAGUUUGCAGUUAACUUUAUCAGUUGUAUUUCAUUCAAUAGCUUCAUCUCUCAACAAGGGACAGUUUACUAUACAGCAGAUAUGGGCACUGUUUUAGUAUAAAAAAUGAACUAAAACCUUUUCACAGAAACAUUUGUGGAAUAUUAUUUUAAAUAAGAUUUUUGAAUACAUAGCCAUUAAUAUAUUCACAAAGAAAGGUAGAGGAGAAAAACAUUUUAAAACAGUGCUUUUACUAAGUGUUCUUGGCCAGUGAGAGUAUUGAGAUGAGGUUUUUGUGAACUAAUCAAAAUUCUAAAGGAAUUGUAGGUUUAUAAAUUUCUGCAUUUGCAGGACUUUAAAUCUCAAUCUCAAAUAAGGUGAAAAAUGUUUUUGUAAUCUUAUUCUGCUCAUGUCCUUUUCUAAUGUUCUCUGCCUCAUUUUAUGAUUUGUAAGAAAUCUGCUUUAUAGGUACAGAGAGUUUUCUAAAAUAUUCUAAUAAUUUCGUCCCUUUAGGACUUGCUUAGCUGGACUGAUAGUACUGUAUUUAUAGCAGCAGUAUAGCUAUUAUUUAACUAGUCUUUCUGGAUGAAAAGCUACAGAAGAUGAUUCUAUGAAAAAGCAAAAUAAUUCUAAAGUAUGUUUCUCUAGCAUAUAAACGAAAUAGCAGUAAUGAUAAUUAAUACAGAAUUUAUGCGUUGAAUUGGGAAUUCCUCCUCUUAUUUGAAUUCUGUACUAUCUAUAUAUAACAUAAAUAAGCAAAAGCCUACACGCAUACAUACAUAUAUACAUCUAUAUCAACCCAGCAGUGAAUGUUUUUGUUUUAUAAUUUUAUUCUGCAGAAGAAGUUAGCUUGGAAUAUUUUCAGGUAUUGAUAUAACUAUUUAUACAUGAGUGCUGAAUAAUCAUUGAGAUUACUCCUUUGACAUCCAUGUAGUUAGGGUAUGGUUAUAUAUUUAGUUAGUUAGGCAUUGCAUCAGCUACAUAUGUGUUUUGGGAAACACUAGUAACAAGGUUUUUAUACUGAAUUUUUGUUUUGCACAUUCUAUAACACGUUGGGUCUGCAGUUGCAGCGUAGAAGUUCUUGGGCCAGUUGGAAAUGAGACAGCAAAAUUGUCCUGUCCAUGCAGUUUGCAGUGUAUGUGGUGCCAGUAUGCUGCUGUUAGUGCAUUAUCAGAUAAACAAUAACAUUAAAAGCAAACAAACAAGCAAUCCCAGAAAUACUGCAAAACAAUGUCAUUGUGAAGUAAGGAAGUCUAAAAUGCAAUUUUCAAUAGAUUAAUUUCUCAAAAAAUGAGUUGGUGAUGGCAUGACACUUCUUAAAGCUAUUAGUGUACAUAUCUGUGCCUUCUCAUAGAAUAAAUUACAGUAUUCAGCUAAUGCAUCCUAAAGUAUUGUGGCUAGUGGCCAGAUUUUUACCUGAUUGCAUACUUUGAAGUGGCAGCUUGUGUUAUCAACUUGGCACUGAAUGACUUCAGUAUCUAACAGAUCACAGUUAUGUUCUGAAACAGUAAGCAAGCACUCUGAAAAAGAGGAAUAUCAUUUACAUGAACAACCUGGGAAUGGCAUUUGCUUAAAUAUGUGACUUUUAAUUAGUAAAGCACCUCCUAAUGCCUGAAACAUGCUAAUGAAACUAAUUUAUUGCUGUGCUAAUUGGUUGAUCUACUUAUAAAACUAUGUAGAGACAUUACACAAUAUUUAUCUUUCAAUAGAACUGUGUUGCCAAGCAUUGAUGAUUGUUGAAGUAAAAAUAUCUUAGAUAUCUAAAAUUUGAUUAGCAUGUUCAGAUAAUGCAGGAAGUUCCAUUGCAAAAACGUACUAUUCUUCUGUGGAAUUUUUGCUGAUGAUAGAAUUAAAAUAUUUGGAGUGGAUUGUUCUUAACAAACAUGUAGUUGUCUCACUGUUAUUCUUGGUUACUGUGUUCUUCACUUUGUAACUGACAGUUUUGUUUUUAGUCUCUCAUAACCUAUGAGGUUUGACAUCAGACUUAAAAAAAGCAUCAUGCCUGUUUUGAUCUAACUGAAAUGUGAAGAAGUAGGGCAAAAAUUGUUUGGUCAAAGUAUAUAAGAAUACAUACUUUCAUGUCUUUUCCUUCUGCAAGAAUUGUAUUAUGAUGUUACAUUGUCUUUUAUUUUGUGUUUUGGCACACAUCGACAUUGAAGACGUGUAUUACAUGGCAUUCUACAAAUGUAUUAAAUUUUCCUUUCCCUGCUCUGAGUAGUUGAGAGGGUUUAUGAAUGUUAGAGGAAAAUGAGGAAGGAAAAAAAUAUAUCAGGAGGAGUAGAAGCAGUGAUAAAGAGGGCAAGAAUAAGCAGGGAGAGAGACACACAGGGUGCUGAAUGUUAAAAGGAAGAUGGGUUGAAUGUAGUAAGGAAGUGCGGAGAAAUACGGAUACUUGAGGCUUACUAGAAGCAUUUGGCUUUAUAAAGCUGGUUUUAUCUAAACAAAUGAAGAUGAUGUUACAGCUGCAGUUUUUGAUUUUACAAGUGAUCUAUCUGGGAUUUGACAGGCUAUCUGUGAAAUAAUUAAAACUUUGAUCCUGGCUUUAAAGUAUAGGACACUAAAAACUUGAAUAGUCAUUGGAAAAGUGUGUCAAGUCUGUCAGAUAGCAUUUGUUGCAACUCUGCUGCUCCUUUCCAUGUGGUAAAGAGGUGUCCUGCAUCGUCCUAUUUUGUUCAGACCUAAGGUUUGCAGAAUUAUUUCUUACUUUAUUACCAGUGGUUAGUCUUUUUGAAUGGUCUGAAUAAAUGCUGAAAUCUGUAAAUUGAGCUAGGAAAAGACAAUUAUCUGUGGAAGAUGUUUGCCUCCAUAAUGCAAACUACAGCUUAGUUUUAUACUAUUGUGUGUGAAAGACAUCGCAGGAGAGUUGAGGAAGCUCUCUUUAACUUGAAUACAUAAUUGACCAAAUCUUAGUUUAUCUUUGAGGAUUUUUCCAGCAUACUUAUUUAUGUCAGUUAAGAGUGUGUGUAUGGAAAAACACUCCCUUGAAAUACUUGUAGAAGAUGCCACCUAUGCUGGGAAGAAUAUUGUAUCUGUACUAGCAAGAAAUCUUAUUUGCUGUUCUCUCUUUUGAUCCCAAGGGGUAGUCUGCAGUACAGAGAUGCCAUUAAAAGUAUUGUAGAGAGAAAAGCUCCUCAACCUGAUUUGUGAUCAGAGCAAUGAUAUAUCCAAGUUUGUGUUCAUGUUCCCUGUGUUCCUCUCCUCCUCUGCCCUGCCUAUAGUGUGGUAUUCUCCAUUUCAUGUUUGACAGAAUUGACAUCUUCCCCAUCAAUGUUUUUUCAAUGUACGAUUUUCUUUUGAUAACCAUUCUGAGUUAAUAUAUACACAUUCCAGCCAAAGAGUUUUCAGUCCAUGAUGUCCUAAUUGCAGGAUAGUUAUCAGGGCAAUACUAUUAGCAGCAUUCACAGUCUUCAGAGAGUUGCUGUAGAUGCAGAUAUAUUCCAGAUACCCAUCAGCACUCAAGAUACCUGGUGACUUCAACUCGAUUCUGCUGUUAGUAGUUUUACAGAAGUUAGUGGUCAAGUAACUACUCACUAGAGCUUCAAUGACAAUUCUUAAUCAGGAAGAAUAUUAUGCAUACUUCCUAACUUUAUAUGCCUCCCGUAAAUCAUUAUCGAGAUCUGCUUUACAUACUAAUAUUGUAAUCCUUUACGUUUCAGAUCAAAAUUUGAGCAAGGUGAAAAUUUGGAGUCAGAAUAUAUGUUUUGCUAUUUUUAAAACUAUUUUUGUAGUUGUAAAUCUUUUUCUCUGUUGUUAAAGUAAAAAGGACUAGAAACUCUGUUUGGUUUUCUUAGUUCUUUAUUCUUCUUAGCUGCAUUUCCAUAGGUUGUAUUUCUUUUUUCCAGCAGUCAGUCUUAAGAGAAAUUUGCCAGCAGUGCCCAUUGUAAAUAGGUUUUAUUCAGGUGAAAGAAUCUGUUUAUGUGCACGUGUCUGACUCCUGCCUGCCUGUUUUCUUGCUCUUGCUCAUGCUUUCUUGCUCUCACUUGCAUUUUCUCAGUCUUUCACUUUUAAGGCAGUACUGAGCCAGAAGUGUUUCAGUAUAAGUACAACUGAAAACAUGUUCUCCUGCAGAUUAUGGGUGAUAG